AUGGGUCAAGAGCAGUCGUACGUCGCGCACGGCAGUGUCGCGCAAGUGAGACAUUACAAGGACAACAAAUACGGUGGCCCAGUCCAUUACCGGAGCAACUCCGUGGACAGCCGAUCGACUGACUGCGACUGCGGCGAGUACAAGCGCCACAGAGCGAGAAGGAGCGCCGACAGCUUCAAAAGCGACAACUCAUCGAACGAGAGUAGCGGGUAUAGAAGCGGGUCCAGUGCUUACGAUAUUCGCUCAAGCAGAUCUUCCAAUAGCGAUUAUUAUUGCACGUCACUAUACAAAAACGAUCACUACAGAGAAGUUAACAAGGAACUGUACAAACCUGUUAAAAUAACGAAAGAAAAGCGCUAUCAGCUGCUUUGCGAGGUCAACAACAAGGAUAUAAAAAGUGCGCGUUUGAAAGGCUAUCUCAGCGACGCGGAGAAAGCUAGCUUAAAUACGGGUCCCACACCGAAGAAGGCUGGCAUUAGGAAUUACACGCCGAAAAUAUUGUCAGAGGGCGAACAGAGAAAGAAGAUAGAGAGUUGGCUUUAG